GAAACGCAACCCACUGAGAAGAUCCGGCGAGAAACUCAGUGGGCUGUGUCUAUGGGUCAAAUAUAUCAAUGGAACUCAAAUGUAUGUACUAAAAUCGAAGUUAUAUAUUGUCGUCAGUACCUACGUUAAGGAAAUCUUAAAACAUGUACUACAGCUUGAGUAGUCUCAACAAAUGUACAAAAAAGCCUGCACGCAAUCGGCUCCACUCAAAUUCUGACACGCUACAUUACACAACUGACCCUUAUCGGUUUUCGAUUAUUUCGAUAGCCCUUUUUGCGACUUAUUCAACAGAAAAGGCAAACAGGUUUUUGUUAUUAAAAAAAGGUGUAUAAUGCAUCAUAGCUCUGGCAAUAACAAGGGUAACACUAUUUAAUGAGUUCACAAUGUUGUUGUUAUUAUAGAGCAUCACGAUAAAGAAGCCGGCUUUUAAUUGUUAUAACCUCAAAGAUUUGGGGCCAACGAGUCGUUCAGCGAUAGGGAGAAUCGCGCCGCUCGAUGUUAUCGCGCCUGCGCUGUGUUCCCCUCGAAAAGAGCAGGUUACAACACAGCACAAAGCGCGACUAGCUGUGAUGUCUCGUGCCGACAUUUCUGGACGUUGAUGUCUUGCGGAACCGAGUUAAAAUCUUACAAAGCUUCCUUUGAUAUUAUUUUUUGAGCUGAGCAUGUGAUUGAAUUUCGGUAUCGCAAUAAUACAUAAUCCUAAAGUAGUGUUAUUUUUGUGUAUAUUCUCUGCACCAAAAUGUACAAAACGGUUAGACAUGGCGAAAACAGUUUACAAUAUACCAUUCUCCCUCAAACGGAAGAAGUGUUAAAUAACAGCGGCUUAAAAGGGAAAGGUCGGGACUAUAGCCCAUCCAUCCACAUUCGAAGAUCGCGUAGGAAAUCUACAGUGAAAUAUGUCUUCUUGGUAAUUUUCGGUGUGAUAAUAGCGUUAGGGCUGGCAGCAGUUCCGCUUUACAUAUUGAACGGUGCGCUGUACGCUCGAAGAACACAACAAGAGCAUCGUGAUAUAGUCACUAUAUCUCCAAAUGCACCGGCCGGCAGAGAAAUGGCAAAAUCGCGAAAGAAAGAUCUUAAAGUGCUACCGCAAGUAAUCUCUACUUUAAUGGCAAAAACAGAAUUAGAAACGUCAACAAUCGUCUCCACUACUUCCUCUACUGGAGCCGGUGAAAGAGCUACCACUCCGCCUUGGACAAUGCCUGCUUUAAGGUCUUGGAAGAGUUCAACGUCUUCAUCAACCGUUCCGCCAGUAGCCUCUGCGAAACAUGACCCGACGCAGCCAGCUGCAACAACUUCCAGUGAUAUCAGUAUGUUACCUAAUACAAUUUCAAUGAAAACUUGGGAGAAGGAUAUAAUAAUACGACCAACUAUCACAGCUGAACCAUUUACACUUAGUAACUUAGUUAGAGACUACACGCAAACAUUUAAGCCAACCGAAAAGCAAUCCACACAGAGUGUUAAAAUGUUUGAUGAUGUUCUUAUUUCAACCAAAACAACUUUAAUGCGAUCACCGGUAACUUCAGAGUUUCCUGCAACUACUGAAAUAUCGAGUUUGGAUGAUUUAAAGGACACGAUGUUAUCUGUAGAUGAUGACGAGGAAUUCAAAGAAUCUUUAGAAGUUGACGAAGUUUUUUCGUUACCACCUCUAAAGCCUGGUGCCGAUCCUGCAGCGUCAAAUUCUGAUGAAAUCACCGUAUCUAAAGCUAACGAAGACAAUUGGUACGGAGCCAGGUGGCCUUUCGUGGAUCCUUCUUCGUAUUUCCAAUGGACGAGCUACUCUCCCGGAGACAACCUGCUGUUGCCGCUGCUGAUGGCGGCACUUACUUCCCUCACGUUGGUUAUGCUGCUCGCGUUGGCAGCAAAGCGACGCAAACGCACUAACGUGGCAUCGUCGCAGAUUGGGAAGUUGACUGCAGAUCUUCAGGAUGUAAACACUAAUCUUCUGACAGCCGAAGUAGUAGAGGACGCUGAGGAAUAAAUCCCAAACCUCAGCUAUGCCUUUGGCUUAACAGGACGAAAAAUAAAUUGUGUACAUUUUGACAACAGUCUUCGAUAGGUUUUUGUGACGAAACGUUUUUUUUUCUGAUUAAAGUUAAGAAAGCAAUAGUAGCUUAACAGUUUUAACAACUGUUCUGUUCUUAAGAGUUAAAUCUCAACGAAUAUACAAAAAUACUUUUAUGGGUGGAGCGUAAUGUAAGCCCUUAUGGAUACGUACCACCAGACAGUCAAUUUCUGCCGUAAUGGAGCCGUGAGUUCCAGUUAUAAAUGUGUUACAACAGUUAUAGGUACAAUGGCAAAUUCGACCUCACCUCUGAAGAGGGUUGACAACCCCGUUGUUAUAAUUAAGGGCUUCGUUAACCACUUAUUACCUAUCACUAUCCAGUCAAAUUGUACACAACUAUGCAAACGCACUUAGUUUUGAUUUAGCAGCCAUAGUUUGCGAGUUAAAAACGGAAUCCAAAAAGUUGUCUGCGUUAUUUCUAACUGGUCACACACAUAUUAAACUUUCAGUGCCUAUCAUUUGUAAAUACAACAAGGUCGGUCGAUGCAAGACCGUAAAUUAUAAUUAUCCCAUAUUCAGAGAUACGAUAUAAUGUUAUAGUUAAAACGUAUUUUUAAAGCGUAUUAGAUAAUCGACUGUAUUAUUAGACGUGUCAAAUGCCAAUGUUGCUAAAAUUUUAUUUUUGGUACAAUAAUAAUAAUAAUACAUAAAUGUAGUCUAUGUAUUUUACUAAAAAUAAUUCGUUACUAUUUCUAACGUGUAUUUUUUGUGCACAUACGAGCUUCGUAGUAAUACUUCGUGCAUUUAUUAGCUUGAAAUGCAAAUUAAAUAAUAAUUAAAGUAUAUAUCAUAUCUCUGAAGAUAAAUAAUUUAUAGCACGACUCGUCAGUAUUAAAAAUACCUGUGGUAUUUCAAAUUAACAACGUAAAUAUAUUUUAUUUUUGUGUAUGUAUCGGAUAGGUUAAGUACUACAUGUAUCUGAAUUAUUAUUAAAAAAUAAAUAUAUACCUUUUAUCAUCGGUAAAACAUAUUCAUACAUUUCAUAACUUUAUAACAUAGUUAAGACUGAUCUAGUAAAGCGUUUUAGUGUUUGUUGGUAGGUUUUUUUUUCUUAGUUUCGAGAAUGGUUCGCUUUCGUUUGGAACGGCACUACUGUACUGUAAUCCUUACAUGUACCCGUGAGUGCUGAGUAUGUUUCAUAUGCUUACGAUUAUAAUGGGCGUGUUUUAUAUAAAUGUUAGUCUAACGAGUGUAUGAUAUGUAUGAAGGGUCUCGGGAAGAAUAGCUAGAAAUAAAUUGUGAUAGUGAGGCGACACGGUGAUAUGAAUGUUAAUGUUGAUUCGAACCAUGAUAGUGAAUUCUCGAAUCCGCUUCUAACGCCAUCUUAAACUACGUGCAAUAAUAAUAAAUUCUCAAAAUCGAUUCCACUGGUUUGGAGAUAAAAAUCACACUCUGUAUUAAUCCACAAAAAGAUUCCUACCGAUUAAUUAUUGGAAAAUAAUAACUACGGCCAAGAAAAGACUUCAAAUUGAAUCGAUAAUCGACCUUUCUUUCAAUUUUCAAAUUCUAUCUGACAUUUGACAUCAUUUGAAGAAUACAGGGUGUAACAUUUUUUUUUUUAAUUUAAUCUAGACACUGACUAUAAAAUACACCAAACUGUUGAAAAAAGUAGCAUCAUUGUUCUUAUUUGAAAAUAUGGUAAACAAUAACGUUCUGAUCACAUUCUUUCUAAUCGUGUCUCUUAAACUCGUAGCCGGAGGUUCCCUUUUAGAAGGAUUUGUAUGGUUAUAUAUUGGAUUUACAUGAAAAGGAAUUUUAGCAAUGUUUAAUGUUUCAAUGAAUUUUAAAAGUGAAUUAAUAAUUAAAUUUUAUCAUUCAUGUCACAUAAUAGUAACGGAAAGAACACUAGUAAUGCAUUCUAGUCAAAUUUCAGCGCUGAAAUUUAGGGUGUGUGUUUUUUUUUUGUAUCGAACGCAAUUAUUCAAAUUCACAUAACGUGGGAUACCGACAUUAACACGCGAUAACAUUUUAGAUCGAAAGCAAGGGGAUCUUCCUGCUACCUGCGUGAUAAAUUGCGGUUACAUAAAUAUUUAACGUAUUAAAUCAAAUGUUAGCGAUUGAAUAUAGUUUUAUUUUUAAUUUCGGUACACUGUGGUCUCCGCUUCGAUAAAAACACUUAAAGUACAAAUCAAUCUAAAUUAUUGAACAAACUGCUGCUUCAUGAGAUCACAACGCUUUAACUCGGUGUUUAACAGCGACUACUAAGUGAUUUAAUCAGAAAAAAAAUAUUAAUGACUAAUAAUGCUAAAUUUACAUUUUUUUAUUGUCUUCAAAGACGGAACGAGUACGCGACCAAUCGUCGCGUCACCUUUGAAACAUUAAAAAACGAUAAAACUAUAUAGAAAAAAUAACGUAGAUGGUACUAGAAGCUCAUUGUGGAUGAACGCAGUGAAUAGAAAGAAGACGACGGAUCUAUAUCAAACAAUUCAUCAAACUUCCCGUUGAUUAGACGGUUGCAAAAUUAAUUCGAGUGAAAAACUUAUAAUGACGUAGUUCAGAUGAAACAAUGACCAGAAUGCAAUACUAGCAUCACGCAGCACCCGACGCGCACCCUUAUGUUCAACUUAGCUUUUGUGUUAGAAUAGUAAUUUUGUGAAUGCAUCGAGCAAAGCGAUUACAUUAGAUCUGCUAUAAAGUCACUAUGUACAUAAGCAUUGAAUAAAUUAUGUUUUCACACCCAAAAA